AUGAUUGCCAAUUCAAUCAGGGCAAGAAGAAAGCAGAAACGCGUGACAAUUAUUGUGAUCUCCCCAACUUUCAUGUCCUCCCGGAGCGACAGAAGACGCGACCGAAGCUGGGAACGAGGUGACCGUGAUAGAGACAGAGACAGAUACUCCAGGAGCGGACGAGGCUUUCGUGACUCGGGUCGACGACGGUCUAGGUCAGGUAGUCCCCGAAGAGGUGACCGAGACAGGCGGGACUACCGCGGUGAACGAGAUGUCAACGCGAGAGACAGGGAAAGAGAUGUAAGGGAUAGGGAGAGAGAGGGAGAGAGGGAGAGAAAUAGAGAAGGAGAUCGAGAAAGAGACAAGGAAAGAGACAGAGAUAACGACAGAAAUAGAGAACUUCGACGACGGGAUCGUGAUAGCAAAGAUACUUCGAAACAGGAAGGAAACACUGGUCGCGAUUCAGACAUUACUCUGUCUAGGGAAGGAAGCAAUGCUGAACGUCGAAUCAACUUGGAUUCUGAUGCGCCAGAUCAUGUGGACGAUGUCGAGGCUAUGGUAGGCGUCGAAGACAAUGAUUCCGCAAUGAUGACGAUGAUGGGCAUGAGCGGUUUCGGUAGCACGAAGGGCAAACAUGUCGACGGAAAUCAAGAAGGUGCGGUCAGUAUAAAGAAGAUGAGAACUUGGAGACAGUAUAUGAACCGGCGUGGCGGAUUCAAUCGGCCUUUGGACAAAAUCAAGUGA